GCCUCACACCUUGUCUGUAGGUCGCUCCAUUAAUUAGGUCCAGAAGUGAUGCAGACAAACGUAAACAACCCUUGGUUCGCGACCAUUAAUAUGAAUGCCAUACUUUAUGCAAUCUAAUGACUCUGGAAAAGAAUAUAAAAGCGGUAGCCAUCGAAUUGCAUCUUUUGCUGACGAGACUGCAAAACUUUGGACGCUCCUCUCCGUUUUGUGGACUCUUCUCCAUUUUGUGGACUCCACUUGGCUUUUAGUCGCGGGGCAAGUUGAUUGCCUGUUAGAAUACCUUCAAGAAGAUGCAUGCAUCCACAUCACAACAAACAUCCGUCGGUCCGGACCAUACAAGGCACGGUGGCGAGGUGUGUCCAGUCUACCCCCGUCCAGGCCAUGGAUCUUCAGGGGAGCAAAUUCCUCUUCUUGUUAACUGGUAUCGACUAGAAUGCGGUCUAUCGGGUAAAACGAUAUACAUCUACGACAUACAAAUCUUCGAGAUAUCUCACUCCCGAGGGCGGCAGAGAAGAGUGCCCGUAAGAGGAAGGGAUGAAUUGCGUACUUUAUUUUGGAGUUGUUUACGAAGCAAUCCGAGUAUUUUUGGGUCAUACACUGGAACAAUAUUCGACGAUUUCUCAAAAGCUUUUACUAUCAAUCGCUGGCGCUUAAGAAAUGACAGAGGGAAUGUGCAGUUCUAUAAGUCUGAAAGAGGUUCAGAAAAGGAAUGUAGUAUGUCCAUCAAGCCACUCACUGAUUUAACCUUUGAUUUAUCGAGCAAAGACGACCAGCAAAGGAACAACUCCGCUCUAGUGACUAAGAAUCUUUUCACUCAAAGAGCACGAUAUGCGCCUGAAAUGGGCGAUAGCGGCUGGUCUUUUGUCAAUCAGUGGGAUGUCUGCUAUGGUUCCAUCUAUCGGGUACCUCGUCAAGGAGAUGAUUUAGAAACUAGCGUAAAAGUUGCGACAGGAGUACGGGCAUGGUUGGGUAUCUACAACUCCGUAAAGAUGCUUGAAGACUGCACCCCUGCCCUAGCCUUCGGCCUUGUGAAUCGGCUCUACUACGAAAUUGAGAUGGACUUACUGACUUUCUAUUUAGAUUUUCUUGAAGAACUAGGGUUAUCACAUGAAAGGGAAAGAAAUCCGCAGUUCCUGAGAGAUAUGGGUAUGAAUACACAUCAACGAAAACGCAUGACGAAUCGAUUGUGUGGUUUGCGAGUGAUGACGAGGAAGUUUUUAUCAUGGGACAGGUACUCCAAUUCGCAUGUAUACAUUUGA